AUGGUCAAAGCUGAGGGUGGGGUGUACAUAGGGGUAAACUGGGGCAACUCAGUCUGCCCAGGGUUGGAGACAUGCCCUCGAUGGAGAGAAGAUACUACGGACAUUAUUAUUAUUAGGGUGGGGGGUCUGUGCAGAUGCGCAAAAUCGAAACGGGAGGUGCUGCAGCAAACAAUGCAAGUUGGGGAAACCCUUGAGGUUCUUUACCAGCAAAAUACACAGUGGCUCUUCCUUUUCAGGUAUUUUUCCCUUCGUUCCUCCCUGGUUUUCCCUCUGAAUCAGAUGAGCUCAAGUCUCUUUGAAGGGUAG